ACACCGGUACUGGCCGAAACGCUGAAACCAGCAUCACAUUUUGCUUGCGAAGGCCGAAAUCAACUUGGAUUUCAGUUGCUGGGCAAGUUGACAUCAGGCGAAAGGUAUCUUCUGCAGCCCAUAAAACUAAACCAAAACAAUUAUUUCCAAUAAAACAGAAUGUUGCUACGCCAAGGAAUCAGAAAAACUGCCCAAACUUUGCUUCGAAAUGGCCCCCGUGCCGUGGGUGCUCAAAAUCAGCUCUUGAAAGCCCUGAGCACCUCUGCGGGAGAACAAGGUGACAACACGUUCAAGAACGCUGGAGCGGUAGGAUUAGCUGCUCUCGCAGGGGUGUUCUCGGCUGGAGCCGUGACCCUUGCGGAAUCAUCUGACUACUGGCAGCCCAAGCCUGUCUCAGUUGAAAUCCGAAAGCCGUCCCAGUCCAAGUUUUACUCUAUUGCAGCCGACAACCUGCCGCCCAAACGCCCCGAUCUCCCAACUAUCCCACUGGAACAGGUCGCAGAACACAACGAUGAAGGCGACAUGUGGUAUACUUUCCGCGGUGCAGUCUAUGACAUGUCGUUCUUCCUCAACGGGCACCCUGGAGGAGCACCACGCCUUCUCAUGGCUGCAGGUCAAGACUUGGAGCCCUACUGGGACAUUUAUCGCCAGCAUUUUCGAGGCCAUGUCAUUCAGUGGAUGGAGAAGUAUAGGAUUGGCAACUUGUCACCCGAAGAUGACGAGAAAGCUCGAGAAUUUACUCAUGGGGACAUGUUCGAGACUGACCCUAUCCGUCACCCGGAUCUUCUCCCUGCAACUUCGAAGCCGUUCAAUGGCGAGCCUCGCAUUGAACGCUUGACGGAGAGCUACAUUACGCCCAAUGAGCUAUUCUACACGAGGAACCACCUUGCCGUGCCAGAUCUCUGUCCAGAAGAAUACAGAUUGAUCAUUAAAGGAAAGGGUCUUAAGAAGAAAAAGAUUGUCUACACCCUUAAGGAUCUCAAGACCAAGUUCAAAAAGCAUGAAGUCAUCACAACGUUACAGUGUGCCGGCAAUCGUCGCGAAGAUCUUCACGACAAGGAACACAAGAUCUUUAUCAGCCCUCAUUGGGUUAUCGGAGCCAUGUCGACGGCAAAGUGGGGAGGUGUCAAGCUUCGCGAUGUACUUGAGGAUUGUGGAUGGGAUGUUGAUGCCCUUGCCUUGGGCGAGAAGCUGCCCCCAGGGGGCGUGAAGCACGUCCAGAUGGAAGGAUACGACCAGGAUGAGACAGGUUACACAUACGGUGGCUCUUUCCCAGUUGAGAAGGCUUUUGACGGCCUUGGCGAGGUUAUUCUAGCAUAUGAGAUGAAUGGUGAAGACUUGCCUAGAGAUCAUGGCUACCCUGUACGAAUGUUGAUCCCAGGGCACGUUGGAGCUCGACAAGUGAAGUGGAUUCACAAGAUCAUCCUGAGCAACGAAGAGUCCAAGAAGAGCUACCAGUGCAAGUCAUACCGUCAUUUCGCUCCAGAUAUUACGUUUGAGAAAGACCUUGCGGAGUGGCCACCAGCACGCCUUGACCAGGGUCCAAUUAUUCACGAGCAGCCAGUAACGUCCUUUGUCUGUAACCCACCGCAGAACGCUACCAUUGGAGCCAAGAACGCCCGUGAAAUCACUUUGAAGGGUGUCUCGUGGUCUGGUGGAGGCCGAAAGAUUGAGCGAGUUGAUGUCUCCAUUGACGGAGGCAAGAACUGGACCGCUGCAGAGCUGUUCAAGCCCAUUGAUCAACGCUACAACCACCAUUGGGCUUGGACUCAAUUCUAUGCUACCCUGAAGUUGCCAGAAGAAAUUCAGAAGAAACUGAAGCGUGGUGAGAAGGUCAAUCUCGAUCUGACUUCCAAAGCUGUGGACUCUGCGUUCAAUGUCCAGCCCGAGAAAAUGGCCCCUUAUUGGAACCCGCGUGGAAUUGCCAUCAACCAUUGGUACCACUCCAAGGUAGAACUUGACCCUUCGUUGAAUCAAGGUGAUGCCAAGCGCCCCGAAUCUGAGUUUGGAUUCAGCAACACUCCGAGUGGUGGUCACUUUGAUAGGCAAUGGGGACUUGGUGGUUGGAUGGUUGACAAGGACCACAAGAAUGAUCCCCGCAAGAGAGGCAUGGACAAGUAAGGACGCACGGAGCGAACCACACAUUCUUCCCCUGUUGCAUUGGCGUCCAAGCCACACCAUGCCGACACAGUGUGUAGCCAAUAGCAACCGGUACCCAGUACCAUUACACAGCUAAAGACCUCUAAUGCAUUCAGUACUUUUACAUUAGCAAUGCUG